GGGGGUCAAGCAAGAGGAAAAAGAUUCUAAAACGACGUUAUCAAAAGUCAAAACACGGAAGCCAGUGUUACAAGGGUUUUGCAGUUUCCUGACCAUCUUAUCCUCGAACACCGGUUUGAUUCCAUGGCGUUUUGUUCUUGAAGAGCUUCAUUCAUAUAGUUCUUCUCCAAUAGCAUUGUUCGUAUUCUGUCACUGACUGUGGGAAACAUGGCGCUCAGACUCAAUUCUGCGGCACCGCAUGCUCUGUACGCCAAGGUGAAGCUCCCCACCCUCUUCUAAUAACGUUAAUUUGUUUGGCUUGUGAUUUUCUGUUCCUGCUUUCUUAGCUUUUUGAAUUCCACUAGAUAAUUGUGAUUGGGCAAAUGGAGUUCUUUUUUACUGUUAUUAUAAUGAUAAGGUUAGAAUUCUUGUCUUUCUAGUUUCUAUUGAGUUUGGGUGAUUGGAGACUUAUUGAGAAUAUGUUAAGUUCUUAAUCCAACCAGGGGAAGAAAAAUCUAAAUUUCAUCUAUGAAUUUUCACUUUACAUCUAAAUUAGCCAACUUCGGUAUCGUUCUUCUAUAACUGUUUAUGAGGUAGUAAUUUCAGGGUGCAUUUAGGAAUUUGAUCACACGAUUUCAGUCUUUGUUUCGAAAUCCUGAAGCUUCUUCAUCUGUUGCAGCAAUAUCGAUCCUGCAGAAAGCUGGAAUUCCACAUGAUACCUUUCAAAUCACAAGGAAUUGGUAGAAGUAUGCAGCCCCAAAUUUUGUGUGCUAUGAAUUUGGCUGCAGGGCAGUCUGAUGAAUCUGGGAAUCUUAAGUUUAGCCUCAUUUUGGACAAGGCUAAACAAAUUUGGGACAAUGCUCCUCAGCCUGUCAAGAGUUUCCCAUGGAAUAAAGCUCUUGACAAUUUCAUUCAGCUCAUUCUUGACCUUGUUUUGGCAGUUAUUAAAUACUUGUCUAUACCUCUAUUUGCCCUUUCUUGCGUUAGCGAGUUGUCGUACUGUGCACAUGAGAGGAAGCUGUAUUUCACUCCAGUUCCUUUUAUUGUUGGCGCUGCCGUCACUGGAAUCGUAAAAUCUGCAGUAGAAGAAGCAUCCCCAUCACUAAAGAAUGCCAGAGUUCCUUGGCAUCUGGUGGCCGUGGCCAUCUUCUUCACAUUGCUCAAAUUGCCCGGACCAUACUAUCCAUACUGGGGUCGUCUUUUUAUUCCGCAUUUGGCAAAUGGGGCAUUAUUUAGGGCUCUCUGGUUUGCAUUCUUAUGGUAUAGAAGACCUCAACGGCCAGAGAUGACAGUAGCUGCUGCUUCCACGGCUGAGAAUACCCAAGACAAACUCUGAUACAUUGGAAGAACGGUUUUACAGAGAUUCUUCAGUAAUUUACCUGCUUCGAUGCCUUCAUUCUCACAAAGACAUCUGAAACUAGCUUAAAAGUUUAACAUGUGGGUCACAUCUUUCUGGGUGCAACAACACAGAGGGCUGGACAGUUUUGUAGCGCUGGAUUGGAGUAUCUCGCGGUUGGAAAGUUUUGUUGCGAGAGAGGCAGAUGUUUAACCACGAACAAGCGUCCUGUGUCUCAGAAUACCCUCACCCUCGGCUUGGAACAAAUUUGAAACAGAAUGAGAAUUUCAAGCUUCAGUUUUGGAACAAUGUCCAACUUUAUUUACUUUGUUGUAAUGAGGUGAACUAUAUGUAUUAUGUAGUACUUUGAGAAAGGGAACUGUAAAGUCUCUGCUUCGGCUGGUCUGAUACUCUGAUUAGUAAUUAUGCUUCAAGGUUCAACAAUCUAGUAGACCAUUUUGUUCAUUUCAGUUACGGUGGUCUGAUAGAAAUGUAUAUGGACCAAUUCACGCAAAGUGGGCUUCAAUGAUAAUGAAUUGGAUCCACCAAUCUUAACAGGCCGGCCGACCUAUGAAUUUCGUAACGACCACCAACGAGAUGAAUGACAUAAAAUCUUUACGCACUUAUUGGAU